UAAAAUAUUAAAUUUAUUAUAUUUAAAGAGUGAUACUACAAAAUUAUCAUUCUAUUUAUUUCUCGUGAGAGGUAGAGGUAUGUUAAAUUAACACUCUGACAAGUAAAAAUGAACCGGCAGGGUAGUACUAACACUAGUUACUGUAUACUGGUAUAAAAGCACUUCCUGACACCAUCAGGGAAACUUCCUAAUUAAUUGAAAUUCCCCGUUUUACCAAAAAAAGAUAUAAAAGCACUUCUCUUCUUUCUUCACUUGCAACUAUUUAACACUGCAUCUAACAGUUAAGUAGUUGCUGAAAAUGGCUUCAAAGUCUGGAUUAGAAGAGCUAAACUUUGUUUUGAUACCUUUACUUGUUGCAAGUCACAUCAUACCCGUAGUGGACAUGGCCAAACUGUUAGCACAGAGAGGCGUGACAGUCACUUUAGUCAUGACACCUCUUAAUGCUAUCCGAUUUACUGCAGUAAUUCAUCGUGCCAUCGGUUCUGGACUCUUUAUUCGGAUACUUGAACUCCAAUUCCCAGCCAAGGAAGCGGGGUUGCCAGAGGGAUAUGAAAGCGCGGAUGUUCUGCCUGAUACAGCUCAUCGAAGAAAUUUCUUUACUGCAAUUGAUAUGCUACGAGACGAAGCUGAAAAAUUACUUGCUGAGAUGAAGCCUAAGCCGAGUUGCAUUAUUUCCGAUAUGUAUAUUGCUUGGACUGCUGAGACAGCUGAUAAGUUUCAAAUUCCAAGGAUCAUUUUUGAUGGAACGAGCUGUUUCAACCAAUUAUGUAUGCAUAAUUUGUACAUCAUGAAGGAUCAAAACAAAAUUCCUGAAUCAGGGCCUUUUGUCAUCUCUGAUUUGCCUGAUAGAAUUGAAGUAACCAAAGUUCAGCUGCCUGGAGCAUUCAAUCCUCCACCAACCCUUUGCGUGCAAGAUAUUCGAGACAAAAUCCGAGCAGCUGAAACAAGAGCCUAUGGGGUUUUAAUCAAUACUUUCGAGGAGUUGGAACAAAGAGAGGAAAUAGCGCUUCAUUUGACAAAGAAGACUGCUUGAAGAAAUGGCUUGAUUCUUGGCAGCCUGAGUCUGUUGUGUAUGCAUGUUUUGGAAGCCUUAGCCAUACCACAGUUGAGCAAUUUGUGGAGCUGGCUUUAGGCCUAGAAGCAACAGGUUAUCCAUUCAUUUUAGUCGUAAAAUCAGGGGAAAGACAAGCACCAAUAGAGAACUGGAUAUC